AUGACGCUACACUCCGUACCUGGGAAGUAUUGGGCAAUGGAAGCCGAUUCGAUCGAGCUUGAGCCUGUGGCUCGAUACACAGAGAGCGGAGCCAAGACACCCCCGGACCCCGGUUUCUCUCUCAGGAGAUGUCCAACAAAAUGCCCUGAAUCCCUGAAGCUCGGGUCGUCCCGUGUAGCUCACGUUCAAGGUGCAUCUGCCAUCAUCGGAAUUGCGGUUAGAUGGGUGCCUACAUGGGGAGAUGGUGAGAUCAGCAUGCGAGAGAAGGUUAAUGAGCGACGACAAACGACCACAGGGCAGACUGAGACAAAAUUUAAAAUAAACAUCAAAAUAAAAUCAAAUAAAUAA